GCCAGCGACUUUGCUUCGGGAGCGCAGCCGCCUGGCGCCGCUUUCCGCCGGGCUGGAGCGCACGGUGCCCCUGGCUCUUCUGCGGAACGCAAGGGGCAAGAAUCGGUGACCUCGGGGCGCGCCCCGCGUCCCGGGUCCCCUAACCGUCACCUCGGCCCCCGGCCCGCGCCUAGGCCUCCAGCAUGGUGCUGCUGGCUGGGCCCGGGCCGGAGGGCGGCGGGACACGCUGCUUGUCCCCGCAGUCGCCGACGCCACCCCGGGGCGUGCAGACAGGGGACGACCCGGGGGACUACGAGGAGUACGAAGACUUCUCGAGUCUGCCGGACACCCGCAGCAUAGCAUCAGACGACUCCUUCUACCCUCCCGGAGGCGAGGAGGAGUGCGGCGCGGCGAGCGCGGAGGGCGUCCCGGAGGGCGUCCCGGAGGCGGCGACCCUCCUGCGCGCCGCCUGCACCAACGACGUGGGGCUGCUGCGGGCGCUAGUGCUGCGCGGUCCGAGUUCCGAGGAGGUACGAGAGACUGACCGCAACGGCCGGACUGGCCUUAUUGUGGCGUGCUACCAUGGCUUUGUGGAUACUGUGGUGGCCUUAGCAGAGUGUCCCCACGUUGACGUCAACUGGCAGGACAGCGAAGGGAACACAGCCCUCAUCACAGCUGCACAGGCAGGGCAUGCCACCAUCACCAACUACUUGCUGAAUUAUUUCCCUGGUCUGGACCUAGAAAGGAGGAACGUAUUCGGCUUCACAGCCCUCAUGAAAGCAGCCAUGCAGGGCCGAACGGAGUGUGUGCGCGCCCUGAUGCUGGCAGGGGCAGAUGUUCAAGCGAGGGAUCCCCGUCGUGGGAUGUCACCACAGGAGUGGGCUGCAUACACUGGCCGAGUGGAGGCUGUUCGUGUCAUGCAGAGGCUUAUGGAGCGACCCUGCGCAGAGCAGUUCGGGGACAAGUACAAGCCGGAAUUGCCGCUUCCCCCUGAGGUGCUCUUGAAGCCCCCAGGUUCCAAAAACUGCUUUCAGAGAUUCGCUGAGUUCCUGCGGACCACUCUGAGCUCCCGCUCAGGCCAGAGCCUGGAGGAUGGAGGCGUCCUUGAUCACAUGGUCAGGAUGACCACAAGCCUCUAUAGCCCUGCUGUUGCUGUCGUCUGCCAGACCGUGUGCCCGGAGAACCCUCCCUGUGUGGGGAAACGACGCCUGGCAGUGCAGGAAAUCCUAGCAGCUAGGGGGGACCGGGACGCCUGUGCUCUGGAUAGCUACAAGGCAGAGGGCUCUGACCCGCAAGUCCAGACUUUGGAGGGUCCCAGAGCCAGCCCCUGGUCAUCCCAGUCCUCUGGGGCCCCAGGAUCCACCCCUGCCCCUGUCUCUCGGAAGGCCAGCCUCCUGCCCUUGCAGUUGCUGCGGAGGAGCAGUGUGCGGCCAGGUGUGGUGGUCCCCAGAGUGCGCAUCUCCAAGGCCCCUGCGCCCACCUUCCAGCCCGAGCGCGCAGCGCCCAAGGGCAACACCAAGGACAGCAUCCACCUGCAGAUCCCCAAGUGGCGGUACAAGGAGGCCAAGGAGGAGAAGAGGAAGGCGGAGGAGGCGGAGAAGAAACGCCAGGCAGAGGCUCAGAAGGAAAAGCGGGCGCCACGCUGGAGGAAAAGGACGUGAAGGGAGCCGUGAUGCCCACUGCGUGUGUGCCUGGUGUGGGGAGGCCGCGCUGGGAUCCAGCUGGGAGGCUGCCAUGGGGUGCAUGCUGCAUCACACAGUCUCUGCCUGGGCCGUACUCCUUUCCCAGACCCACGAAGGGGGGUUCACAUUGCUCCUAAGACAGAAUUGAAAAGACUAUAUAUGGUUUUUGCUUAAAACUAGUUCCCUGAGCAAUCUAUACACCCAAAGGGCAGUUUGCCUAGAAGUCACCCCUCAGAGGACCCCAAUUAAGAAUUUAAAAACUUAAUUUAUCAAAGGGCAUUUUCGCAUACUUUUGUAUUUUGUUAUUUAUGAAAAAUUGCAGCAUUUUGCGAGUGGCAGGCUCUUUGUAAUUAAGGCAGUUUUAAUAUUUGCGUUUGGAGACCCUUUGUUUAAAAACGCCGUCUCUAGCAAUAAAUACUUGUAAUGACUGUGUGAGUUACACAGAACUCAUGGGAUUCUCUCCUGUUGCCCUUUGGUUCUGGCCUUUGCCUUCUCGUGUCCCGUGGACACACCUGUGCACUGGCUUUUCCGUUGAACUUGAGUGAUGCCAAAUGCCUGUUUCUACUUGAUGAAGGCACGGACUGCUAUUCAAAACGAUCAAGUGGGAUGGAAGUCUUGCUUUCGCUUCGUUUUUACAUUCUUUUCCUAUCGUCAUCAUUGUCAUCAUCAUCAUUGAAAGCGUAGGGCACAUUGCAGGAGUGCAUAUGUUACUAGGACCAAGCUCAUUUAAAGCAAAGGGCUUGGAUAGACCAUCUUCCAGAGGAUUGGAGGAAAACAGUUAUUUAAGGGGGGCAGAUUUAACAAAUGAGUGGUAGAAACCACGUCAUAUGUGCUCAGAAAAAACCAAACAUGGAUAUCCUUAAAAAUGUCAAAGCUGCCGAGGGUAAGGGAUGCUGCAAAGCGCUGAGGGGCAGACAGGUGACCUUCAGAACAGGUGGUACACACUGGAUGCUGGACAGUGGUUUGGGGAAGGUUUUCCUGGAGCGAGCCACACUCUGAUGGUGGCCCUCUCCUCCAGAGAGUCCCUUGUGCGUUUUGACGGACAGUUCCCCUUUGAUGAGCCCCAAGGUUCAGCUCAUUCCCACACCAACUCUGUAGAACUUUCAGUACGUGGGGACUUAGGCGGGGAUGGGAUUUACCUUGGGUGCCAACCUGUCAGUAAAAGUUUUCUUUCUUUCUUUCUUUCUUUCUUUCUUUCUUUCUUUCUUUCUUUCUUUCUUUCUUUCUUUCUCUCUCUCUCUCUCUCUCUCUCUCUCUCUCUCUCUCUCUCUCUCUCUCUCUUCUUUCUUUCUUUCUUUCUUUCUUUCUUUCAUUUCCAAACCAUUGAAAAAAUCCCAGCUGGGUCUUAGAGUAUCUGUAUCAUGCACUUUAUUUGAAUAUUUAAUGUAAAUACUUGGAAGCAAUAGAUUCAGAAUAUUACAGACUGAUUUGGAAGCCCUUUGCUGAGGUCCGUCUCACACUGUGGGUGCACGUAGGGAGUGGGGGGGGGGCACUGGCUUAAUUUUAUUCUUUCCUCCUUGAUACCAUUAGACAUCGAGCAACGAGUGAUCUCACACUAGCCUUCCCCCAAACUCCAUAAAAUAGGACCUUAGGCUACUCCCAGGUGGGUUUAACACUGGUGUCACCAUUCGAUGUUUAAAAAUCACGUUUAGUAAGUUUCUCUUUAGCCCUAGAAAGGUACCAAGGUGAAUGCUGGGGUCUUGACCCUCCUCUACAGCUAUUGAUGUUAGUUGGCUGGGUUCACCCUUGUGACCCAAGCCUUUGGAUUGGCUACGUCUCCUUGGGGGCUGUGAGGACCACAAGCAACCUCAGUUAUCUUUUGGGGCCAUCUUUCCUGUCUCCUUUGGCAUUGUGUGUCUUCCUGUCAUAUACAUAUAACCUGCAGUACCAGCUAGCUUGUCACGGGCCCCGCCACUGUGAGCCAAGGCAGUGCCAAAAUGCUUGCAAUCCACGUUCCUCAUGCUGUUUGUCCACAGGGUACCACACCAACGUUUUACUCCAUUUCCCUGCUUCCGAGGGGGAGCUGUAUUCCAGUGCAGUGGGAAGUACCAAGGUGAAGGCUGCUGAAGUUACUGCAACUGUGACUUCUCAGCAGGGGCUGUAGGAAGCCCCACUGCUUUUAGGGGGCUUUUCCUGGACACCCAGCUUGAGCUCCCAUAAAGGCCCUGUUUUUGCAGGUUGUCUCCUGACUUGGGAGAGCAGAGGAGCAGGCCUGGGGAUUUGCUUGCUCUUGUGUGUAUUAACUGUGAAUAGUGAAUUCCAAGUGAACAGGUGUCUUCUCAGGGAUUUAUACAUAAAUAGAGUUAGGGGAAAAGUUGAAGUGUAUUUUAAAUCUUUUUGGUGUUUAAAUCAAUUAGGAUUAAACUGGACAGAAGAAAUAUUUCCAAGAUAGUGUCAGAGCUGCUGUUUCUAAGUGAGAUCUUGGGACUUGUCUCUCAGUGGAGAUUUAUGGGGACCACGGCAGUGGGAAUGGCUGUGGAUAUGGCUGUGGCUGCUUCUGGGUGUGACCCUUGUGUUAACAGUUACCUCCAGAUAAGCAGAAGUGACUGACGCCGAAAUGGAUAAUCCAUAACCCCCCAGAACUGUUCAUUGCACCCCUGGUCUUUUUGCCUUGCUUUCAGGGAUGAAAUAUCCACAGUCAUUCUACAGGAGGCCACAGAGCGCCUCAGGAAGGAUCAGCGCCUUGCACACUUGGUCCACCGUGGCCUCCAUGGCAGUGUGCCUGCUGCCCUGGAGCAGGACAGCAGGUGACAGGAGGGACUUCGCACCUUCCUCAGCCCCUUCCAGGCUGCUGGGCUACACCCGAUACCUCCGAAAAAAGUCAAACUGGCCAGGGGUUUUCCAGCCCAGCUUUGGAUUCCCCUGACUCCUCUUGCACAUCAGGAAAGGAGGGUUCAUGAGGUUGGCUAGAAAAUGGGUUUUAUAGACUCAAAGAGGGUGUGCCAAGAGGCCAUGUCCCAUUCCUUCCCAGCUGGCAGCUGGGACCAGGUCUCUGGAAUGGAGCUAAGGUUGUUCUAGAUAAGACAAGGCUUGUGGGAAGGGGGCUGCCUCCAGUGCCCAGGAGUCUGGAGGCAUCAACAGUUAUUUCCCAUGCUGCUCAGAGUGAUGGCCUCUCACUGUAAACUCCCUCCUGCUAUACAGUAAGGGGGCUUUUCUCUUCUAGUGUUUGGGAAACUCCAGCAGGGUCCCCGUGAGUUCUCCAGUGCUGGUUACUGUCUGGAUUCUGGUUUGUGCCUCCAGCCGUUGGUCCCUUCGUGCUGGACAACAAUGUCACGGCUUCUAGAGAAUGAAGGAGGGAACACUGACCAUGAUGGAAUCUUAGAAAACAACAAAGUCACAUUUAUAACAGAAGGAUACCUGGGACCAUCAGACCAGGGUAGAGUGAGCCACACAGAAUGAAAAGCCACUUCCUAGUCACCAUUACCAGCUCCGGACAUCUAUGUAACUCGAGUCAAUGAUUCAUUUCUUUGCCCUUGAAGUCACAUGUUUAUUCCUUAACAUUUUAGGUAAGUGACUGAAAAUUCCUCUGGAGGCUUUAUUGUAUUUAUUAUUAUUAUUAUUAUUUAAAGGCUCAACAGUGCUACCUGGGUUGGUCUGGCUGGGUUGGUUUGGCUGGUUUUCAGGUGUUGCUGUUGGAUGCUACAUGCUACACAUGGGGUUUUCACACACUGCUCCGGCCUGAAGUAAGACUGUAAUGAAAGGCGAAGCCACCAUUGUGCGUCGGCCACCCUCAGCAGCAGGCUAUAUUAAUGGGGACCGUGUAUGAUACCACUGACAUGUGCAAACUGAAGGGCCAGAAGUCUGUGCUUGUAAAUGUACUAGCUACAGUGGCUCACAGUGGCCCCCCAGGGAGUGUCUCUGUGACCUGUUUUGAGGUGUGGUUUCAGGCAGAUUGCAAGGCCUGAGGGUCUACCUGGAGUCCCCAAAUAAUGUGGAAGCUGACAUGGCUGGAGUUUUCACACCCUAGGCUGUCCUGUUAGAAUACGGUACUGACCCAGGUGGCUAAGGGCAGAUAACCAGCCACAUCUGGGUCAGCUCUGGCUUUGAUGUACCUCAGUUGCAUGAGGGGCUCAGACCCAAAAGGACCCCCCGGAAGAGCUCUCCUAUCCUCCCAUAGCUGCCCUUCUGCUUGGGGGGAGUAUAUUCUGUGGGACUUGACCCAGGUGGACACCCUAGAACAGCAUGUUAUCUAAGGGAGCUUUGGGAUAUCCCAGUCUGCCUCGGUAUUAGGUCGGCUGACUAGUUCUGGUUUUGAAAACAUUCUCUUGGCUGUGAUGUAUGUGACUUCUGUUGUUUUAAAAGAAAAUGUAGAUGGGAGAGAAAUGAAGCUAGCCACCCUAGGCAGGGCAGCAGGCUGUGUUCGUAGAUUUGGAGAGUCGUAAUCAGGCGCCUAACUAACACCAGUUAGAAAGUUCUAGAAACUGGUUCAAGAUGGUGCAACUCUGAAUACUCUUGACGGAGAGUGGACACGUGUGUCCAGAAGUGGUGCCACGGUCCUCUCCACCCCAACUUGGGGCCUGCUAUGGUGAGAACCCAGUGUAGUGACAGCACAGUCUGCUGUGAUGAAUUUUCUUGGUCCAAAUGAUAGUUCUAGAGAGCAAACAACAGCAAGAAGAGAAUGUGCUGGGUUGUGUGAGAAUCUGCGUCUGCAGCAGCGGAGACCGAUGGGUGAGGAAUGGAGCAGACUUCUGCAUGGCCGGGGGUCAGGUUCUGCCUUCCUGGUUGGAACUGUUUCCUGAGUGUGAAGCGAUUUCCUUUGUCAUUUCUAAAACUCCCACUUUUCUGGAUGUUGUAAAGAUGUUGACUAUGGAUAUAGUAAUGUAAAUUCCAGAGCGUUUUAUUUUGAGAUGAGACUUUUGCUACAGUUUAUACAAGAUAUUUUCCUAUUUAGACCUCAGGGCUACCUUGGGAACCACUAAUAAGUGUGACCCCCACCCCGCACCCCAGCAGCUUCAAUUCUGGAUAGACAAGUUAUGUAACUUUUAAGUUAAAUGUGAUAUUGUUCAUUAAGAAGAAUGUGUUUCUCUCUUUUAACUUCUGACAAAUUCUGUUUUAAAAGUGUAGAAAAAAGAGACACUAGAAAAGAAUAAAACAAUGGUAAAAGAAUUAAAAAUCACCUGUAAAAUACACAUUCUCAUGGUAUAAAAUUGUGAUAUUUGAAUAAACUUAUGUGCAUAAAUUAUUUAAAAAUACUAUGAAAUGUAUGGCA